GCGGGACCAGAUGGGCGGGGCUUCCUACCGGAGUGAACACGCGGUUCCGUGAGCCGUGCGCUUUUCCCCCCCAGUCCGUGCAGGCCUUUAAACUACGCCCACACCUCGCGAUUCAAGAUUCACGAUUCACCCUGCUUUUAACACACCCCGAAUCCACAGGACACGAGACUAACCGACGGAACCCGUCACACAUCGGCGACAGCGCUCCCGGAAUACCUUCAGCCGCAUCUCAUACGGGUCAUGACGCUGGAAGCGAUCCGGUACCGGUCCGGGUCUCUGCAGAUCCUCAACCAGCUGCUGCUGCCGCACGAGACCGUGUUCGACGAGAUCCGUUCGGUGCGGGACGGAUAUGAGGCCAUCAAGACCAUGAAGGUGCGCGGCGCUCCUGCCAUCGCCAUCGUGGGGUGCCUGAGCCUGGCGGUGGAGCUGCGGGCGGGCGCUGGGGGUGAUGACCUCGUUUCCUUCAUCAGGGAUUCUCUGUGCCACCUGACUUCCGCGCGACCCACGGCGGUCAACAUGGGCCGAGCUGCCCGCGAGCUCAUGGAGUUCACCGAGAACGAGAGCAUGGAGAAAAACACAGAGCAGCUGAGAGACAGCGUGAUUGGCUGGAUUGAGGAGAUGUUGGAGCGAGACGUGAACGACAACAAAAAAAUCGGCAACUACGGCGCCCAGCACAUCCUGUCUGGAGUCCCGCGAGACUCCGUCACCAUCCUCACACACUGCAACACCGGCAGCCUCGCCACAGCGGGAUACGGCACAGCUCUCGGAGUGGUACGGUCGCUGCACUCGCUGGGACGCUUGAAGCGUUUGUACUGCACAGAGACGAGGCCCUACAACCAGGGCGCCCGACUGACGGCGUACGAGGCUGUCGCUGAAGGAUUCCCGGCCACCCUCAUCACAGACAGCAUGGCGGCGCUCGCCAUGAGGGAGAAAGGCAUCACAGCUGUCGUCGUCGGAGCGGACAGGGUUGUUGCAAACGGCGACACGGCAAACAAAGUGGGCACAUAUCAGCUGGCCAUCGCCGCGAAACAUCACGGGGUACCGUUUUACGUGGCGGCGCCCAGCACGUCCUGUGAUCUGAGUCUGGAGAGCGGACGAGAUAUCGUGAUUGAGGAACGUCCACCUGAGGAGCUCACCAGCAUCAAUGGAGUUCCUGUAGCUGCACCUGGGAUCGACGUGUGGAACCCGGCGUUUGACGUCACUCCUCACCAGCUGAUCACGGGCGGCAUCAUCACCGAGCUCGGCGUGUUCCUGCCGUCUGAACUCCAGGCCGCUCUGACGGGGAGACUCACUGCUCUGUGAGGCCGCGGCGCCCCCGCUGGCACGGGUGUAUCACUGCACCUCAAACACCUCUCGCCUCCGUCUCUCUCGUAAUGUUUUCACCUCACUGUGGUGGAAGUUGCACCUUUAAUUACACACACAAGCGUCGGCACCGAGGUGUUAACAAGGUACACGCACGUUCCAUUCAAUUCAACACUUACAAAGUGAAGUGGAAUAACACCAUGUGACACAAAAUUGUACAACCCAGGGAUGCUUGUAAACACACACACACACAUACACAUGCAAACAGACACACCUUCUCCUUCUCUCUGUGUGUACAGCUCAUGUCACACCAUCUCAUGUCUUUUGUCUACAUCGUUGUGAAAACCUCAUUCAUCUGUUCCUUUUUUCCACUCGUUUCUUCCCCUCUAUCUGGCUCAGCUUCAGUUUAUAACAGGAAGUAUUUCAGAGAGAUGGCAAACGGUGGGCAGCCAUUGAGAACAUUCAGAGUAUUUCAAAAUAAAAGUCUUAGGUUUAAUACGGGUUGAACUGAUGUCCUUUGAGGGUGAAUCUCACAAAACCUGCCGAGAGUGUGUCCAGGUCAUGUUUCACCUCAAAAUCAAAUGGAAAACUAAUCUUUCAUAAAGUAAACAAAGCCUAUUUUAGGACCAAUAUGAUUUUGCGUUGACUUUAUUUUAAUGUUAUGCAGAUUUUUCCUCCAUAUUCUCAGUACUGUAAUGCAAAACAUUUUCUAUUUAAAUUGUAAAUGUAUACUAUACUUUAGAUUUAAAAAAUAUAUCACGGUGGCACAUAUCGUGGUUGGUACUUAUUGCUGUAAUAUUGUAAAAAAAUAAAUAAAAAAAAUACUGUAUUACAGUAAUGAGAAUCUUUGAAAUAAAUUUUAUAAAAUAGAUUUGCCAUGAAAUAAAAAUAUAAAAAAGGUAAUUGCAAGCUUAUAUCUCACAAUUCUGACCAUUUUCUCAGAAUUGCAUGAUAUAAAUUUUGAGUUAUAAAGUCAGAAUUAUCAAAUAUCAUUGGGGUCAUCAAGUGGGCACCCUCCUUCAUGGACGUUUCGUUGAUGAACUCACAACGUCUCCAGAGGGCUCAGCAGUGACACCUGGCAUCCCAGGUACACCCCCCUCAACUCCAUGUCCUCCUGUCUUCAUCUCGCUGCCCAGCUGAUGUCUUUUCUUUUCUGCUGCAUUCAACAGGGACUUGAUUGCCUGUUGGAGAGAGCGACCCCUAACCCACAUUUUACUCUGUAGACUGGUUGUGGAUGUGGCGCAAAACUCCAGCAUCCCAAUUCCACUGGAAAAAUCCUCCCCUUCCAGCCAUAUUGUGCACCUUCGGUUGCCAGUUCAGAGUACUUCUCUCAAAUGCUUCCUCCAUGGUGCAGACCAAUACCCCCUUUCCACCAGCACGA